CCAGCUUCCUCCCCUUCUCCACCUCCUCCUCUCCUCGUCUUCUCUUUUUCUAAUUCGUCCCUCGCUUUUUUCUAUCAUCACUAAAUUAUGCUUCUAUAGCUAUUUCUGUACUUGUGACUACUCUACGUGGAGUUCUGUUCAAGUGCGGGCGACAUGACGCGAGAUAGCUAUCUCCAGCGCUCCCUCGGGACGCUUUCCAGGCGCAUUCGAGAGUCGCGUGUCCUCCUCGUCGGAGCUGGUGGCAUCGGCUGCGAGCUGCUGAAGAACCUCUUGCUUACGGGAUUCGGUGAAAUACACAUAAUCGAUCUAGAUACUAUUGAUUUGAGCAAUCUAAACCGUCAGUUUCUCUUUCGAUAUGAGCAUAUCAAGAAAUCGAAAGCCUUGGUAGCGAAGGAAGUGGCCCAUAAAUUUCAGCCAAGCGCGAAGCUAGAAGCGUAUCACGCCAAUAUCAAGGACAGCCAGUUCAACGUGGACUGGUUUGCGGGGUUUGACAUAGUCUUCAAUGCGCUGGACAAUCUUGAUGCUAGGCGUCAUGUCAAUCGCAUGUGUCUGGCCGCCAAUGUACCAUUGAUUGAAAGCGGGACGACCGGGUUCAACGGCCAGGUCCAGGUGAUUAAGAAGGGUGAAACCGAGUGUUAUGACUGCAAUUCAAAGGAAGUGCCCAAGUCCUUUCCAGUCUGCACGAUCCGCAGUACGCCUAGUCAACCUAUUCAUUGCAUUGUUUGGGCUAAGAGCUAUCUUUUCCCGGAACUAUUCGGGACAAGCGAAGAUGAUACUCAGGCUUUUGAUCACUCAGAAGACUCAGAAAAUGCGCAGGAAAUCGAAAACCUCCGUAAAGAAGCACAAGCUCUGAAAGAAAUUCGUCAAUCUAUGGGGACUUCUGAUUUCGCUUCCAAAGUGUUUAAUAAAGUCUUCAAAGAUGACAUUGAACGACUACGCGCCAUGGAAGAUAUGUGGAAGACGCGAAAACCUCCUCAACCGCUUAGUUUUGACGAAUUACAAGAGCAAUCUAAGCCCAUAGAGAGCACGGUUUCCUCUGCUGAUCAGAAGGUCUGGUCGCAGGCAGAGGAUUUUGUAGUUUUCAAAGACAGCUUGGAUCGCUUGAGCAAGAGGUUGAAGACACUCCAAGAUGUGUCAAAGAGCGACAUCCAGCCAAUUCUGGUCUUCGACAAAGAUGAUGUUGACACGCUGGAUUUCGUUGCCGCUAGUGCUAACCUGCGCGCUACGAUUUUUGGUAUCGAGCCGCAGUCGAAGUUCGACAUCAAACAGAUGGCCGGUAAUAUUAUACCCGCUAUUGCGACUACAAAUGCCAUGACUGCUGGUCUUUGCGUCUUGCAGGCCUUCAAGGUCUUGAAGGGAGACCUCGAAAACGCAAAAAUGGUCUUCCUUGAAAAGUCAGGAUCCCGUGCCAUCAAUUCCGAUUCCUUAAAACCACCCAACCCCAAUUGUCCCGUGUGCUCCGUUGCACAGGGAAGGAUCACCAUCGAUCCUGACCGCGCGACGCUCUACGAUCUGGUGCAGGAUGUACUACGUCUACAACUGGGCUAUGGCGAGGAGUUCUCUCUCAGCAGUGAAAUCGGUACAAUCUACGACCCGGACCUGGAGGAUAAUCUUCCAAAGAAACUUUCGGAGCUUGGCGUGAAGGACGAGACUCUUGUUACUGUUGUUGAUGAGGAGGACGAGCAGCCUCGGGUAAACCUGGAACUGCUCAUUCAUGAGCAAAGGCCCGAACCUUCAGCAGAAGAGAAGAAGCCUGUAUCCUUAGAAAAAGUGGUUGAGAUCCCACGCAAACCGAAAGCUGUUCCUGCUCCUGCCACCGAAGUUGUUGUCGGCCUCUCCGGUCCUGAAUCAACUACAGGCAAGCGAAAGCGUGAAGCUGAAGAAGCGGACGCUGAAAGACGCACUAAGCGUGUUGCCAGCCUCGACGCCAACGGGGACGGAGACCAUCCUAUCGUUUUGGAUGAUUCCGCUAAUGGGGCCAUCUUGAUUGACGACUGAAUUUCAGGCAAGUUGAGUGAUGCAACUCGACACCCCACUCUUCUUCUUUCCAUUUCCAUGGCCAUAUCAUCUUCUGUAUAUGGAAUCUUGACUAGACUCUAGAGCGAGGUAUUUGACGUGAUAUCCCAGACUUUGGUCGAUGUUGCACGUUUCCCUCCUUCUUCCCCCUUACCCUUCUUUUUUCCUGUAUUAUAUGAUUCAAUGAAGAUUGGCUGGGAAUUUCCAUGCUGGAGUACACUGGGACGCGAACUGGGUCGCGUGGAUGGGUAUAGACGACUUUGAAAUGAAAUUUGAAAGCAAAUGCAACCAGCCAUCUCGGAAGUUGCACUGGCUGAAGAAAGCAUAAUCGUGCACCAAUUGUGUUCACUGCUCUAAUCAUGCAUCUCAUGUAGAACACUGUACAUCUAGGGCUUGCACACUUUUUGGUCGAGUGCUAUGUGCAGU